AUGAUGUUCUUACCAAACAAAUAUUUAACCGUUCUAUUUCUACUCCUUAUUGUUCAACAGAGUAUCGCGGUUGACAUUAUUGUUGACGUGAAUUCAUCUUGUUCACCAAGCUGUGAUGGAUCAGCACUCAAACCUUUCAACAACAUUCGAGAUGCAAUAAACGCAGCUUUACCGUCAAGAAUAAACUACAUCAACAUGCUAAACGGAACCUACAAAGGAUUAAACAACAAAAAUCUAGUCAUUUCCUCCUCGACCAUCAUCCUCGGUGCUACCAAAGGCAACCAAGUGACGAUUGACUGUGAACAGCUAGGUUCAGUAUUUAGGAUCGAAAAGCAAGGUACCGUAACAUUGAAUGGAAUCAAAAUCCAACACUGCUCUGGCUCUUCUGGCUCGUCUAUUUCCAUCUAUGAUCUCUCCACCGUCAUGCUGGAGAAUGUUACCAUAUCUUCGUCGAAAAGUGAUUUGGGGUCCAUCUAUGUGUCUCAGUCCAAUCUGAUCAUCAACAACGCCACCUUUAGUUCCAACAUUGCUAUGGUUUCAGGUGGUGCCAUUUAUGCUUGUCAAGACUCCAAGGUCACAAUUUCUGGUUCCUUUUUUUCCGAAAAUAAGCAACGACUAGUCGUAAACGAGCAAGAUACUCUUAUCUACUCUGACCUUGCCGUCGAUUCAUCCUUUGCCUCUGUGGAUCAACUCGGCUCGAUUAAAGUCUUUUGUCUCUCGCCAAACUCGAUCGCCACAAACAAAAACACAACCAAGUCUAUUUGCACCUCUGCUAAUACAGCACCUGCCGAUACCAGUCAGGACAACUUUUUUGUGUGUUCUGCCAACUCCAACACCAACUGCUCAACCUCUUUCAAAGGGUUUUACAAACAAGAGUACUUUUGUACAGCCGCCAAUUAUACGAACUGCUCAGUCUACCAAUUCACCUACCAAUCGACCCCUUCGUUCACCAUCAUGGACUAUAGGGAUGGACCACUCAAAGGUCAACUCGUUGGCUAUUUUGUCGUUCCAUUUAGUACCCAAGUCUACUUUCGUUUCACCUUUGACAAUGUCGGCUUGAAAUUAAGUGUCAAUAACAAAUCCUUGUUAUCCUAUGACAACUCGAUCCAAAAUCUCUCCCAAGAGCCAUCGUCCAUCGUCGAAUCCAAUGUCUAUUUGGUUCCAUCGUCUGUCCACAAGAUGGUCCUAGAGUACAAGUCCAACAAACAAUUCAUCGAAGGCCAAAGAUAUUUGAACAUGGAAUACCGAUUCUCGACAACAGAUUCAUUUUCUCCAUUGACCGAUCUCGUUUUCUUUUCUCAAAACAGAUGUGGCGAUGGCAUAUACGAUCCAACCGAGGUCUGGAACAACUCAGAAGAAAUCAGAAAGGCUUCCUCAUCGCAAUCCGAAGUUUCCUAUGGCGCCCAGGCAGGUGGAGGAUUUAAAAAAAUAUCGGUUCAAGCUAGUGUGGAGUUUUCCAAGAGCCAAUCUGUGGAAAAAAGCUCAAAGUUAAAGAAAUCCUCCUCUGGAAGUAUAAUUGAAUCUGGGGUUGUGUGUCGGGUGUCUAAAAUUGCUUUAAACUCUUUCCCUCUUCAUCCAAACUUUAUUUUUGAAUUGUCACAAAUCAAUUCCACAACCCAAGCUUUUGCAAUGAUUCAAAAAUAUGGAACCCAUUACUACGUAUCCGCCACUCUUGGUGGUCAACUCAAACAGUUUACUUCGACCACGAUGACUGUUACUGAAAGCGAAGCCAACUCCCAGUACUCCCAGUCCUUGUCAACCACUUUUGGUGCCUCUGUUUCCUCUCCUGCCUUUAGUAUCUCUGCCGACUAUGCAUCCAGCGACCAAACCGAAGGACAGCAAGAACAAACUUCAAAAUUCCUAAGUCAAACCGAAAGGUCCACUCUUUUAAUAUCAGGAGGAGGACCUGGUAUUUUUGCACCUGGUGCAACAGCUGAUUAUGGUUUUUGGUCACAAUCCGUUGACGUGUUGCCAGUUCCAAUAGAUUUCAAGUUGGCUCCCAUCAGAAGUCUUAUUCCAUCAAAGUGGAAAUCGAUUGGAAACGAGCAUAUUCGAGAUUUGUGGAUCAACGCCGAGGAACGAUACUACAUGCUUGUCAAGACCAACCAGCUGUCUAACCUUCUGGAGGGCGAAAGAGUUGAAUACAAUCUCUUGUAUUUGUUUAUUCAUACCUAUCACGAUUUAGGUGGUUCAAACUUGCAGUUUUCCACCAAGAUCUUCCGUAAUCCUCGAAACUAUCUUGGAAAUCAGUAUUUCGAUUCGGUUAUUGACUUUGAUGCCUUGCCAGACGAUGAUGGUUCGUUGGCAGACUAUUACGGUUGCACCGGAUCCAAUGUCUCAUCAUGCUUUUACCAGGAAUUCGAAGUAUCCCCACUCUUCAAAACUCAUCUGGACCCAUCUAGUGAUAAAAUUCUAAUCCAAACGACAAGAUAUGAUGGGGGAUCCAUUGUUCAUAACACCAUUGUUGUUCCCCUCCAAGGAGGUGCUCACACCAGCUUUCCGUGCGGUGAAGUCUCCAUUUCCGGCAUGGCAAAAAAUUUCCUAGUUGAAAAUGUUGCCAUCAGCUCAUCACAAACAAUUAUGCUUCCAGCGAACUUUUUGUGGGAAAUUGGAUACUGUACCGAUCUUCAAACCACACACGUUUGGAUGUUCAACCAUAUCCAAGCAAAUCUUUUGGUACCAAACAAUACUUUCAAUGGCUACCUUCGAAUUCCUGCUCAACCUAUUGACUAUGACCAGUUGACAAUUCACAUUUUUAUUGGUGAAAAAACCAUCAUUAGAUACAGUCUUGAGGGAAUCGGAACAACAUAUGCUGGAAAAACAAGACUAUUAGCUCUCAACACAACCAUCAUCUCCCAAUUCAUUGAUACAAAAUGGAUGGCAGACCUACAUGAUCUUUUCCUCUUGAAUCCAUCCAGCUCACAACGUCAUCUGUUUGUAUACAAUUUAAGAAAAGUAUGUUCUGUAAAUAAAUUAACUGUUUAA